GCGGGAAAACAUACACCACAACCACAACACGCAUUUUAGAGCACGCAGUCAAAAGAUAAACUCUGUCAGCGAAAACUUAUCUGAUUUCUGAUUGCAAUUGGUGUCUUUUUCUACGCUGAAAUAAUCCAUAUACAUGUCCUUUGGUUUAGACUGAUCGCCAUUCCUGGUUUCCAUGGGAGAAUAAGCAAACUGAAUUUUACAUUCAGAAAAUUUGACAAGACCUGCUGAGUAAACACUUUCGAUUUGGAAGUUCCGCGCAAUAUGGAAGGGUUUGUAAGUAUUAGCUUGGACAGCAAUAUCUGCGAUAUUUGUAGUCAAGAAACAGGUGAAGAAGUUGUGGAUGUAGUAGUGAACGAUCGUUGGUUGAGAGACGCUAAUCUUGAAAACUCGAACGCUUACAAGCGAGCUCACAAAGACUGCUUGGCAAAAUGGGAGAGUGUGGUAAAAAGUUCUAUUAAACCACGCUGUCCUUCCCCAAAACGAACCUGGAAGGAUAAGUUCAGGGACUUGAUAAAUCACAACGAUGGAAUGGAUUUAUUUGAUGCAUGGAUUGCUGUUGGCGACGAAAAGAAAAGCGAGCAUAUUAAUCGAUCUGGCCAGAAUAAUUUGACAACAACAACAAAACAUAGAAACCACGAGGUGGCACUUAGCCCAAAUUAUAACUCCAACCGAAAGAACUCGUUUCUUGUUAAAGAAGCAUAUCGUCUCGAGAGGAUUAAAGGAAUAGAGGAUUGUGAAGAAAGAGCGAGGAAAAUGCGUGUCCGCUCCGUCGAUUUAGACGACGAGGAACUGAAGGAUUCCACAAAAGAACGAAAUCUGAAACAUUUCACUGUUGGCGAAUUAAAUCAGCUUGACAAGGAAAAAGUUCAAGAAAUUAUUCGCAACUUCAAAGAUAAAAUACGAGAGGUGUCAUCCGAACUUAUCAAUGUGCUGCAAGAAAGAGAUUCCUUGAGUCAACAAGCAGAUACACUACAAGUUACCGCGGCGCAGCUCGUCAACUUGCAGCAGAGACAGAACAUCAAAACACUCAGAGUCGACCAUGCAGGAUAUUUUACUGCUCCUAAAAUUGUAUAGAGAUGAUCCAUGAUGGGGUAUAUACUGCACUUUGGUAUAUUUGUCCUUGGCAUGCCUAGUCCUGUGCAUUUGCCUUUCUCCACUCUUGGAUUUUAUGGUUAAUUUUGUUAUUAACCCAUUGACUCCUGGCUAUUUUUGAGCUGAAUUUACAAAAAAAACAGACUAAAAACAGAUACCUCCCCCUAUUCUGAUUUUUAUACAGCCCGUCAAAGUCAAACACUGCUGCACCAAGUCAGCGGUAUCCUAGCUUUUCCACAGUGCUUUGCGGCCCCUAUUUUGAAUCCCUUUUUUGUUGUGCUAAUGCGAGCACAAGUUGAUGGUUGCUUGUAUUUUUCAUCAAGAAUACAGCUAUAAGCAUAUUGGGAGAGUGUCCUUGGACAUCAUGAAGUCUAUUAGGGCAUAAUUGAGUGCUCUGCUUAUAGAUAUUUGUAAGCAGAGGUGGAUUCAUGGUGAUUUUUUCUUUUUUGGCUUAUUGCCUGGAUGAGAAAAUGAUUUUCUAAUGAAUCACCACAGCUCUCCUAAAUGCUUUCUUUUCUAAAGCCAAAUUGAUUCCAAAAUUUUACUCU